AUGGAUAGAAAAAUGGACGGCGAGUCACCGAAAACAGAGGGGAUCGAAGAUGUUAAACCGAGUAGGGGGCCGAAAUAUCGACAUGCAAACGUUUAUGAUGCCGUUGCAGGGCGUAUCUCAAGUAAUAGGUCUCAGAAUAAAUCCUCGUCCCUCGCGAACGACUACCGCGGUACCUCGUCAACACGGAUAUUCCCAGCUGUGGCUCCAGAAGAGGUCUUAUUUCGGAGACAAAAUGCCUCUAUAAGAUAUAUGGAAAAUGAUUUCUAUUUUGCCAACGAAGACAUUCCCGAGGAUCAACCUUUGCCGGACUCUGACUUGCUAAAGGCUAUUCACACAUAUGCUUCUGACUUUUAUGGCAAUGGAACGGUCGACCACGGCCAAUCGACUUGGCGCAGCAUGGAUAAAACUGCACUGAUAGCACUUGGUUUCUUGCUUGAAGAGGCUGCCGUAGAGGCCCUUGAGGAGACAGGAGAUAUGGUUCUUGUGGAAGGCGAGGAGGUCAGCGAUGUCAGUGAUUCCGAGUCAACAGUGGAAGUAUCUACUGUGAGAUCUCGUCAAACUUCGGUUUCGGCCAUUAGCACGCGGCCAAAAGUCGAGGCAUAUAGCAGCAGUGGCUUCGAUGAUGGACUAGCACCUCAACACGGACGUAAGAAAAGACGACGGUUGAAUAGCGUGCCAAUCAAGAGAUCUAGUUCCGAGAUACCGGCGCCUUGA